ACCGCCUCUUGAACUCUCUCGCCACAGAGCAAAACUCGAACAACCGCACCAUCACUGCAAGCUCGCCGACAAGCGUUUGAUUUUACAUAUAAAGGUUUACGAAGGAAGGUUUUGGGAGUUGUUUCUUUAGAUUUUUUUGAUGGGGGAAGGAGAGAGCAUAUUGGAAGCGAUUUACGAAGAGGAUGGUUUAGGGGAUGGCGAAGAUGUUGAGAUGCUUGAUGUAGAAGAAGGAGAGCUCGUGGAUAGUAACUCGGGAAAUUAUCGGGAACAAAGCGGCGUUGCAGAUGCUAACAUUGAAAGCGAAGGGUCCCAAAGUAAAAGCAAAAAGCGCAGAGCAAAUAAGAAGAAGAACAAGAAAAAGAAGGAUGGUUCGGGGCGUAAAGCUUUUGAUAUAAACAGGUUUGUGUUAGAUACUUGUAGACGGUUAAAAGAGAGGAAGUCGUACAUGGUAUACACUGCUGUGGGAUGUUUGGGGGUUUCUGCAUUAAGUGAUCUUGUUAGAGAGGUGGAUGCAAUUCAAUCUUGUGGAGGUCAGAUGACUGCUGAUGGAAGACGUUGUCGGACAGGUGGUGGGAUAUUAUGGAAUAUCAUAAAAGCACGGGAACCAGCUGCUUAUCGUGAGAUAAUGAAAAAAGCCAAGGACUUUGAGAAGCAAUUUAAGCAACAAAAUGUCGGCCAAGCACUGGCACAGAACAAAGAGAGGUCUUGUCAAGGACCGGCCUGUACACUUGCUAAUGGAACUUCAGCAAGUGUUCCAGAAGAUUCUCAACUAAUACCUGAAAACCUGCAAGAGCAGUUCAGUGCUGAAGGAACACGCAAAUCUGUUCAUGAGAGGAUUAGGGUCCCUGUCUCUUAUGAUGACCUUCUAGGAGAGGAACCAAAAGACGAUAAAUAUGAUCAUUGAAAAAUUGGAAAUUUUGCAAAUUUUGCUUGGCAUCAAUUUUGCAUGCAUAGAUUUAUUGAUACAAGGGAUUUUACAUGGUUUGGGAGGCUACAGAUGAGAUCUUUUUCCCCACUUAAUGAGAGAAUUACCCAGGUCAUUACUCGUUCUUGAAUCAAAAUGCCAUUUUAAAGGUAAAAUUUUUUGAUUUCUCUUA